AUGCUAUCUUCCUCCUCCUUAUCACCUUCCGCAUCAGCAACGCGCCCCUUCGCAAGCGUCAGUCUGACUCCGGAGGAGCUGCCAAAAUUAAAAAUUUCAGUUGGGAUUGGUACUCAACACCAAAGAGCAAGUCGUGAGCGCGAUGCCGGCGCCGCAGAGUUUGAUGUCGUCCCACCAAUCCCCACGAGGACCGACGCCGCGGUUGGAUCAGACACAAUCGUACCACAUAGACAAGCAACGCAAUCAUUGGCCUCGCCAGCCUCAAAUUUUACACCACGGAUCACCAAGUUUGGCUUAAGCCCCUUGAUUGAAGCCGCGGAACGAGUGCGUCAUUCGACGACCGAAAUUCGAAACCGCCGAAUUAGUCGCUCUAGUCUUCUAAAACGCGGAAUUUUCCAAUUGCAGACACUUCCCUCGACUAUGCACACGAUGGGCAGCUAUCCGCUGGAGACCUCUACGACGCCGAAGCGCGCUUGCAUGAGAGCCGACAAUGUCCUCAACAUGCAAGCAUCAUACAGUCUGUUGAGCUGCAGGCCACAACAAGAGACUAUGCGUCCUAAACAGUCCAAGCAGCUUCAGCCGUACAACGUGAGACCUACAAAAACGCUGGGUCUUGAUACCGUAUCAAACCUGACAAAAUCGAAUGGACUGUCCCACCUCUCGGGUGUCUCAGUGUGGAAGGUCGUGCUGAUCACUGGCAACUUUCCUCAAGACAUUUGUUUCAGUGAAAAUGGCACCUCUCCAGUAGUAUCGCUUAUAUCGAACAAGUUUGACUCCGAAAGCAAGGAUGGUGGUUUCACCGUAAAAGCUGACGAGUCUGUCGAUACAAAUCUAGGUCAGUGGUCUGGCGGUGGUGGUAUCUACAUAGAUGCCUUUAUUCAAGCAGUACAAGGAGGCUUGCUGCAAAAGGUUGAUGAUGGCAAGCUUAAAGGCAUAUCCACGAACAUCGGAAACAAAGCGCGCAUUCUUAGCGGUUCUACUCAUCAUGUUGAUACACAAGUGGCCCCCGGAAACGCGUCAUAUAAUCCACUCAGUCUUAGUUCGAUCAUGAAUGAUGAGUCGAGCUCGCCAAUUGCCUUUAAUGUCCCUGAUAACGUUAAAGCAUGUGCAAUUUCGAAUGAACUUCACCGAAGCCCUUCCUCCGGUUUAAGCGAAUUUAAAAUAAGGCAAACAACCGCUCAUCGUGUGCUAAAACGAUCCGACUACUCACAGCACGGUACGGUACGCAGUGGACGCUGGUCGGAAGAGGAGGAAUGUUAUGCCAAAGCAAUGAUCGACGCAUUCAAAGCAGGUUAUCUUCCUCUUCAUGGAAAUGUUUCGCUGCGUAAAUUUUUGUCCGAAAUGCUUUUAUGCCACCCAAUGCGUAUUAGCAAAAAGUUUGUGGGAUACGUGCGCAAGUAUCAUUAUUAUCGCGUCGCUGCUGGCACGUGUGACCCCGGAGUAAGAGCCCAGGUGUUGAACCAGCUGAGUUACCUGGAGCACGCUUUCUGGAAGUCGCAGCAGAACAAUGAGUGGUGUAAUAGUUUCCGCCGCGACGAAUGA